GUAUCUUUCAGUGCGAGUAUCUUUCAGUUUGAAUCGGAGAACCCAAACAUGAGGUGACGGAUACGCGGAUACGGACUACGGACUAUUCGGAGCGGAAUUUUAAAAACUGAAAGACAAAAUAAAAUUUGUUGCGCUUGUGUGCUUGUUUCGUUCGCAUUCUUCCCGCUUCAUCGAGUGCCAAAAAAUUUAACAAAAAUACAAGAAGUGGAAUGAAAUAUUUGUUUAUUUUUGUGGCGAGAAAGUAACUGCAAAAAAAAAAGAGAUUUCAAAUAUAGUUUGCUUUGUUUAUGCUGGCCAUGUGCAAAGAUUAAGUUCGGGCCGCUUGAUAUAAAAAAAAAUAUAAGCUGGAAAUCGUCCGCAGAAUUGCGCUGAUAAGGUGUCGGCUUAUCAAUUAAACCAGUGAGCUAGUGUGGGUUGAUAGUGCCAAAGUUAUAGAGGGAAUAUCAAGCAGAAAUCGCAAGGAAGACCAGCCAGCUGAGAGGAAAUCAGCAGCCAUUUGAUUCAUCGGAAUAUUCCAACUCUCUGCCUCUGAAGCCGAACCAUGGAGGGGCGCACACAUAAUUGAUAGCCCGGGAGAGGCGAUAAACUUGUUCCCCAGGAAGUGAGCAUUUCCAAGGAGGAUGGCCUCCCUUCAGCAGAAGCGCCCCAGCAUCAGCAACUGGUUCUCCUCGCUGCGCCGUCAGCCCAAAAACAAGAAGAACCCUAUUUUGGGUGGAAGUGGCAGCUUCGGCAGCAAACAGCAGUUGCAGAGGAGCUGCAUCGACCUCUCCUCGAAUGUGGUGGCCAGUGGGGGAGUGGGAGUGGGCGUGGGUAUUGGCUUCUCGGUGGCCGGCUCCCCGGGCAGUCGGCGGAGCAACAGCACCUUCUACAUCAAUCCCUUGAAUGCCUCCUCGGCGGACGCGAAGGAGGACCGACGCCGCCUCGUGGAGGAUGCCAGCAGUAGUGGUAGUAGCUUGAGCAGCGUGUGCACCCGCUGCUUCUGCAACCUGCUGCCCGGCAAGAGCGAGUCCAGCAAAACACCCACCCCCCUGGCCACGCCCAAGGUGGCCGUCAAGCCGCCCGCCAAGCCCCGGUCGCCCUCACUGGCGCCCUACACCAGCGUGGCCACCUACAAGAUCACCAACCUCUCCCCGGACAGCCCUCCGCCCGCCAGCCCCACGCUCAGCACCGAAACGGUCAGCUGCAGCGAUGUCAGACAAAAGGUCAUCGACGUGCAGCGCCAGCCCUGCCAGGAUGAGCCCAACGCGGAGCUGGUGACCAAGAGGAUAGAGUACACGAACACCACCACCACCACGACGACCAGGACGCUGAUAGUGACCCGGCCGGUGGAGCUGCUCCUCAACGAGAAGGGCGAGAUCAUUGCGAAGAGGCCGGCGCGCACGACGCGCUCCAACUCCCUGGGCUGCAUGCUGGACGUGGAUACCUCGGAGGGUGUGGACAACCAUGGCCUGCAACUGGAAACGGAUCCCAGCUCGGGGUUCAGCUCCCCGCUGACACCCGAUGCCGGUGAUCUUCGCUUCAUCGACGACAGCUCCAAUUCGCAGAGCGAGUCCGAGCGUAACUCGAUCUCUCACAACAACAACAACAACAAUGAUGAUGAGACCAACAACAAGAACAGGAAUGGGAAGCGGAACAGUGGCCAGCAGUCGAAUCUGUGCGAGAGCUGUCGCACGCUCCUGGAGAGAAACCGCAGCAAUGCGGAGCAGAGUGGCAAUGUGGUGAUACUCCGGCGACCCGGAAAGCAAAUCAAAGAUGAAUUGUGCGAGGUCGUCUCGGAAAUGGAGGCACUCGAUGUGCCCGAAGACUGCAAGCAUUCCAACAAGGACAAGCAGAUGUCCAUUGGCCGGAAAAAGUUCAACAUGGACCCGAAAAAAGGCAUUGAGUAUCUCGUGGAGAACAGACUGCUGCGUCACGAUCCCCAGGAUGUGGCGCAUUUCCUCUACAAGGGCGAGGGCCUAAACAAAACGGCCAUAGGCGAUUACCUUGGCGAAAAGAACGACUUCAACGAGGAUGUGCUCAAGGCCUUUGUGGCGCUCCACGAUUUCACCAAUCUCAUUCUAGUGCAAGCCCUUAGACAAUUUCUUUGGUCGUUUCGGCUGCCCGGCGAGGCGCAAAAGAUCGAUCGCAUGAUGGAGUGCUUCGCCCAGCGCUAUUGCCAACUUAAUCCGGAUAUAUUCACCAACACGGAUACCUGCUAUGUGCUUAGCUUCGCCAUUAUAAUGCUCAAUACUUCCCUGCACAAUCCAUCGGUUAAAGACAAACCCACCGUUGAACAAUUCAUCUCGAUGAAUCGUGGCAUCAACAACGGCGGUGAUUUGCCCCGGGGCCUACUGGAGUCCCUCUACGAGUCCAUACGAACGGAGCCUUUCAAGAUACCCCAGGAUGAUGGCAAUGAUCUGAUGCACACCUUCUUCAAUCCCGACAAGGAGGGCUGGCUGUGGAAGCAAGGCGGCAGAUACAAAUCGUGGAAACGACGUUGGUUCAUAUUGAACGACAAUUGCCUGUACUAUUUCGAAUACACCACCGAUAAGGAGCCGCGUGGCAUUAUACCGCUGGAGAAUAUAUCGGUGCGCGAGAUUCAUGAUCGCAGCAAACCGCAUUGCUUUGAACUUUUCGCAACUGGCGGUGCUGAUAUCAUAAAGGCAUGCAAAACCGACUCCGAGGGCAAGGUGGUCGAGGGCAAGCAUACUGUGUACCGCAUGUCCGCCGCCACGGAGGAGGAUCAACAGGAGUGGAUCAAGCGCCUGACGCAGUCCAUCAGCCACAACCCGUUCUACGAUAUCCUAGUACAAAGAAAGAAAAAGGCGCUCAGCAAGAGUUAGUAUUAAAACGGAGCUCGGCGCAACUUUUGUCUUGGAUCUCAGUGAAACUCUGCUACGCGUGUGUGGCUGCUCUCUCAACCAACCUCCCAAAACAACCCAACAACAAAACACAUAUUCAUAAACAAAUACCUAAUCAUUCUUAAAUGUAACUUUUUGUGUGCAUGUUGAACCAAUGCCCGUAAAUAUUAUUUGUUCGCCUUGUGGUUUGUUCCAAUUCCCAUACGAUGAUGUCUUUGUAUUCAGUUUUGAUCGACUCGACACGAAAAGAAGCCAGCACACGCCGAUGCACCUUUGAACCACAAACUUUGUCUCUAUUGUUGUGAUAUAAUUUAUUUACAUUAAGCAUUAACAAUAUGAAUCGAUAUGAAAACAUGAAAAUGCAUCAUUAAGAAAUACACAUUUAUACACACA